AUGAAGGCAGGAGGAGCAGUUGAGGCUACUGAUAAAGAAGCCUCAAAACCAAUCCCAAUCCCAAUCCCAAAAGUAAGGGUGAGCAGAGUGCUCUCUGUUCUAGACUUCACUCUGCGGGUAGUUGCAGUCCUUGGAACAUUGGCAAGUGCAAUAGCUAUGGGAACCAGCCGGGAAACGCUUCCCUUCACCACGCAGUUUGUUCGAUUCAGGGCUCGUUACAAGGAUCUUCCCACGUUAACGUUUUUUGUGAUUGCAAACUCAAUUGUAUGUGUCUACCUUGUGCUUUCUCUUCCUUUAUCCUUUGUCCAUAUCAUCUGGACUGCAGCCAAAAACAGCAGGAUCGUCUUGAUCAUCUCUGACACGGUGAUGAUGGGGCUUGUAACUGCUGGAGCUUCAGCAGCAGCAGCCAUAGUGUACCUGGCACAUUAUGGCAACUCCAGCACCAACUGGUUUGCAUUUUGCCGGCAAUUCAACAGCUUCUGCGAGCGCAUUUCUGGGUCUCUCAUCGGCUCCUUUGUUGCCAUAACUGUACUCGUACUCCUAAUCAUCAUGCAAUCUGUGGCAAUCUCUCGACGCUGA